UGCAGGAGUGUAUGGGUCUGAUCAGGAGGCUGUGUGAGGAGGAGGGAGCAGGCACCGAGCUGGCCAACAAGCUGACUGAGAAACUGACGGAGAAUCUGAAGGAAACUCUCUCUGUCAACAAGGCUGCUCUGCAGACUUUGAGCUCGGAAGUGACAGAGAAGGAGAAGAGCAUGGAGAAGGAGAUCGAGGCGCUGAGGAAGGCUGGGAGAGACCGAGAGAGAGACCUGGACACACUCAACACCGUGCUGCAGUGCAACCAGGAUAUUAUAAACGAGCUGCGAGUGACUCUGGGAGAGAAGGAGCAACUGCUGAAGGAGGUAGAGAAAGAGAGGGAGGUGUGGAGACAUCGGGACCGGGCCCUCGCUGCUGUCCUGCAGGAGAAGGAGGCUCUGAUCCAGGAGCUGGAGAAAUGUCAGAAAGACAUGAAGGGGUUGGCCGACAGAGGGGGAAACAGCGCCACCUUGUGUGACGAGGUCACCAAACUCACCACAGCCUUGCAGGAGUACCAGGACAUGGUGAAGAGUCAACAGGAGAGUCACAGCCAGACGGUGUCCUCUCUGACGGGUCAGCUCAGAGACACGCGGCGGGAGCUGAGGGAGAAGGAGAAAGACAAGAAGGAGGCCGAGAGAGCCUGGCAGGAGAGCAGAGAGGACCGAGAGAGAGAGCAGAGGAAGCUGAGGGACAGCCUGGACAAGAGAGACAAACUCAUCGAGGUAAAGUGCUUCUUACUGUCUCAAUAUUCGGUGUGUGCAUGUUUACAAGGAUCAAAGCG